AUGAUAGAACAAAUUGAAGAAAAUCCUAAUAUUCCAGUUACUGUUGUGCAAGAACAGUUCCAGAGGAGAUAUUCAAUUGGUGUUUCUAAGAUGAAGGCAUACAGGGAAAAGACAAAAGCAAAGAAACAGGUUGAAGGAGAUUACAUCUCACAAUAUGCCUUGCUAAGAGACUACAUUCUUGAGCUGAAAGAUAAGAAUCCAGGUUCUACUGUUAGGUUAGAGGUUGAACCACCUUGUGAUCAUAGGGAAACAACUCGAAAGUUUAAAAGGAUAUACGUAUGUUUGGGUGCUUUAAAACAGGGUUUUAAGGCAAUUGGGAGGGAUCUGUUGGGUCUGGAUGGUGCAUUCAUGAAGGGACCAUUCCCAGGUCAAAUACUCAUUGCAGUGUGUAUAGACCCUAACAAUGGAAUAUACCCUGUAUGCUAUGCAAUUGUAGAGGCUGAAAACAUCAACUCCUGGACUUGGUUUCUACAACUGUUAGGAGAUGAUCUGGAUCUACAUAGAAACUCAAACUUCACAUUUGUAUCUGAUAGACAAAAGGGUAUACUUCAAGUUGUUAACAAGUUGUAUCCCAAUGCUGAACACAGAUACUGUUUGAGGCAUAUUCAUGAGAACAUGAAAGUCACUUUUAGAGGGAAUCUGUACAAGGACAUGCUUUGGAAGUAUGCAUGUGGAACAACUGUUCCUGAAUUUCAGAUUGCAAUGGAUGAGCUGAAGGCAUUCAACAAGGAGGCCCACCUGUGGUUGUCCAAAAUCCCACCACUGCAUUGGUCUAGGUCAUAUUUCUCUGGCAGGGCAAUAUCUGAUGUGUUAUUGAACAACAUGUGUGAGGUUUAUAAUGGCAAGAUAUUGGAUGGUAGAGAGAAGCCCAUUAUUUCUGCCCUUGAAUACAUCAGAGAGUAUUUGAUGAGAAGAAUUAUCACAGUUUUGAAGUGGAAUGGAGGGGAUAUAUUUUCAGUAAGUGGUAAACCAAAUUAUGCAAGGGUUGUGGAUUUGGCUAAGAGGACAUGUGCUUGCAGAGCUUGGGAGAUCAUAGGAAUGCCAUGUAAGCAUGUUGUUGCAACAAUAUGGAACAUGGCUACUAAUGGUCGAAGGGUUGGUUCAUUAGAGAGUUGGUCUAAUCCCAUCUACACAAUGGCUAGGUGGAAGCAGGUUUAUGAUUUCAAGGUGAACCCUAUCAAUGAAAGGUCUUUAUCGGUCAAAUGUCAAGUUCCUACCACCCUUUCACCACCAAAUCAUCAUAAGCAAGUGGGCAGACCCAAAAAGGCAAGGAAAAGGUCUGCAUUAGAAAUGGAAGACGUGACUAAAAGUGGAAGGCUAACCAAGAAACACACCAAGGGAAAAUGUGGCAAGUGUGGACAUGUGGGACAGAACACAAGGACUUGCAAGGGGGAUGGUACUGUUUAG